AUGAACAGCGAGAGCGUGGUGGGAAGCUCCGCCCACUGCUCCAUGGCUGAGGGAGAGAAGUGUAUUUCAUGUAAAGGGAAAUGGUUUACGCCCAGACAGUUUGAGGAGUUUGGAGGAAAAGGGCAUCACAAGAAGUGGAAGGGUAGCAUCUAUUACAAGCCAUCAUAUGGUCGUCAACAAGUUAAAUUACUGAAACUCAUACAAAAUGGGUGCCUUUCAGAGUUUGGACAACUGAGGGAGUCAGUUAGACAGGUGACGCAGACAGAGAGAGAUGGUGCAAACGCAGUGCAAAAUGUAACAGGAAGGAGUGAAUUAAUUAACUCCUUAAAAGGUUUUCCAGAGUCCUGGAAAAGACUGUUUUCCAAGACUCUGGAAAUACCUGUGUGUGGAAUCAAAGAGAAAACAAUCCAGCCGGGCAGUUCUUCAGAUGAGUCUGUAUCUGUUGCUGAGAGAGUCAAAAUGAACAGGAGAGAAUCUGUGAUUUUAGCUGAAACUGUCAGUAAAAAGAUGACAGAAACGGUAGAAUCUACUGCCAGUGCUAGAGAUUCAUCUGCACCUCCCACUGAUGCUACAGAACCUGCAUUAUCUCCUGUCGUAGAGGAGGCCAAUCAGACCACAGAUGAAGCAGCAGCAGCUCAGCUGAACUUCAGUGAUUCACCUGCUGAAUGGCAGAAUCCUGUUGUUUCUGAAGAGACUGAGAAGACAGGCCAGAUGCAGCUAUUUGAAUUUCUGGCAAACCAGUUUAAUACCAUCAACAACACCCUAAAAUCAAUUGAUUUGUCUUUGAAGAAGCUGGUAGAAAAACAGUCACAAAACACACUGCCUCAAUACAUCAGUCUAACUCCUGCUGUUAUUGAAAAUCCCCAGAUUCACUCCUCAGUCAAAGAGGAGCAAAUCAUUAGGUCACGCAUGCAUGCGCUGAUAGCUCCGAAGUAACCCUGGAACAGAAGCUGCUCCGGAGCAGAUACCCACGGGAGAUGGAUGGUAAAUCAUCUAUAGAUUCAGAGCAGGAUUUUGACAGCUCUUCAGGAUCUGACUGGAUGAGUGAAAUGGAAAAAAGUAAAGGAAAACAAGGAGGAAAAAGAAAGAUUAGGGAACAAGAUGGAAAGGAGAAAGGAACAUAUUCCAACAAGAAGAAAAAAGCUAGAAGUAAAAGCAGUCCAGACCUGGACGAAAUCUUUCAGGAGGCCAGAAAUAAGACAAAACUAACUGUCCGUUGUGGAAAAAGGACUGGUCUUUUAUACAAAAAAAGGUAUAAGAAUGGAGGGAAGUGUAUUUCAUGUAAAGGGAAAUGGUUUACGCCCAGUAUGUUUGAGGAGCUUGGAGGAAAGGGGAAUAAUAAGAAGUGGAAGAGUAGCAUCUAUUACAUGUCAUCAAAUGGCCUUCAGCAAGUGCAAUUAGAGAAACUCAUACAGAAUAGGUGUCUGCCACAGUAUGGAUAUCUGAGGAAGUCAUCUAGACAGGUGACACAGACAGAUAGAUGUGGUGCAGACUCAUCAUCUCAGCAAAAUGUGACAAGAAGGAAGACACCUAACCAUA